AGGGCCCGGCAUUUCAUACGCUUUACCAGCCUUUGCAUUGCUGUGCUGUCGCGUCCCUGGUUUCAUCUGUUUUAUCUUGCCUCAAGUUAAACAGCAUCCCCCUUACUCCUGCUCCUAGUCUGUCGUCCAAGGUUGACACGACAGCUUCCGUUUCGUCAUGGCUACCAUGUUGAAUACAAAUGCUCUGCAACCGCCUAAAACUGGCUCAUCUCGCUGGUCGAAAGCUCUUCCGGAUGUCCCUGGUCCUGACGAUCCAAGUUUUUAUGACGAUUAUUAUGAGGAACCUUCCCCUCGUCUACCUCCCGCCAAAGAGCUUCCACCACCUCCGCCGCGCUCGACUAGUAUAGCCAACGCGAAGCCGUUACCUCCAUCACUGCCGCCGUUACAUCUGCUUGCGGUUGAUUCCCCUCCAUCUGGUCCGCCGAAAAUGGCUAUUCCACGCCGGCCCAUUGGGAAGCUGCCUGCAAACCCACCACCACUACCUCAGAAAGAGCCGCAGCAGCCAAACUCAUCACAGAUUCCCCCGUCACCUUCGGAAUCACUAUCGAGUAUUCUGUCGGCAUAUUCACGCUCGUCCGGCGAAUCCCUUGUCAGGUCGCCUUACGAAGCUAACGACAGUGUUCGUCAGAGUGAGGCAAUCUCAUCGCCGAGCCACCAAGCUCCACCCGCCAACACCAACACUGGCACGUUUAUUAGUCCCUCCGCCCAGCAACAACAGCAUCAUUAUCAACAGCAACAACCGCAACAAUAUGUUGCCCAGAAGCUGCCCGCCAACCACACUCGGCCACCCCCACUUCCCUCUAAGGACACUAAAUAUCACCUUCCAGCCACGCCUGCUCCUGUUCGAAAACCAGUCCCAGAGAACAAGCUGUCUGAACCGAACUCAGCGUCGUCGCCUUCUUCCCAGCAGCAGCCUCAACCUCAGCUUUGGCGUCGUCGGUCGUCAAAGGCCGAGCGGAGUCUUGAGCUUCCCGACCUGAAGCUUGUUGCUAGCCACGGGUCGACCGCUGCAACGCAGCCAGUUGUCGCACAUGUUCAACAGCAGCUUUCUUCAAACGGACCUAAAAUUUCCACAAUACCAAACUGGCAGCCUGGGAGCACCAACCCCAUAGCUCCUGCUGGUCAGGACUCCCAAACGUCGCCAGCCGCUGAGCAGGUGCCCGACACCCCAACCAUGGGGAUCAAUAGUUCCAAACUGAACCGUCUCAAAGGGAAACUCCAUCUUCAUCGAAGGGGGAAAUCAUCGGGUGACACAAGCAAGUCUGCUUCAACGCCACGACCUGGGGCAAAUCGCCCUCCCACGCCUGAGUAUCAGAAGGAAGAUAUCAAGACCCCCGUCGUUGAUUCUUUUGUUUCGCCUUUGUCGCCCGCUUCAUCACCAGAACCCGCUGCGCAGGUGUCUCCAGAAAUUCCAAAUGAUGCCACAAGUAUAUUUCCUCAAGCACAAACCCAAGAACACCUAAGAAGUACUGGUAGCAUCACACGUAAGGCUGUGCAGGUCCCUAGGCUACCGAGCCCUUCGGAGGACAAGCCGGUUUCUGUAUCGCCAGAGGCGGCAUCGUUACCACCUUCGGUCACCGAUUCAAAGGGAAGUCGAGGAUCCUCUGGCAGUGACACCGCUGUUCACCAAGUCCAGCCUCCUACGGAAGUUUCAAAUCGAUUCCCACCACGACAUUCAUCCGUAAGGUCGAAUGCCCCGCCACGACAGUCAGCAGUUGAACACGAUCCGAGACUGGUGCCAUCCGAGUCUCAGGGACCCCUUUACAGAGGCAGAGAUGGUACCCUGUAUCCUGAGAUGAAGGUACUGCAGGAACCCGACCCGCGCGCGGCCUACUUCCCCAAACAGUCCGAGUCACCUAUACCGGAGGGUACCAUCUUCAAGGCGCCGCCGCUGAAAAAGUCUCAUUUCAAUUGCUACCAUGGCCAUAAGACGAUGAACCGCCGGACCAACAGAUAUUAUCCAUUGACUUGUCAAACGUGCGACAAGUCGGAUGUUGAAGAUAGAUGGACUUGCAGUUUUUGUCAUCUACGAAUAUGCGAGCACUGCGUCAAGAAGCUUAACAAUAGUGGCAAUGACCUGCGCCGACUGGUCGGCCACCCACAACUCACAUCAUAAUCGAAUCCCCACGAGCGUUGCGACGAAAUUGUCUCUUAAUAUUCUUCCAUCAUUUACCAUUUUCUCUCAGCGCCACAUUAACCGCACUUAUUCAUGCUCUUUCCUUUGUUACGUAUAGAUUCUCCUCGCAGGUUUGAUCAUAGUGACACAUUGCAUGUAUUAUAUACGAAAAGGCCAUGGGAGGGUAGGCCAGGAGGAAAACAUAGACAGUAUGGGAUGAUGUCGUUUAUCUCGACCUGAACGAUACCGCAUUUGCUAGCAGCAGCAUGUUUACGAGCUCAGGGAAUAUGGGGAAGAUGAGGACAUAUUGUCCAUUUUUGUUGGUAUGAUCUGGUGAUGUCGAAAUGGAAAAUGGACUCAUGUUUGCUGCUUCGCUGAGGCAAUGUGAUACUACGGAUGUUAAUGCGCUGACCUAGAAGGGGCAGCUUGAUUAGCUACUUAUCAAUGAUGAAAAAAUACCUCGAUAUAAGAAA